AUGAUCCAUCCUGCAUCUCCCAUUGACAUAGUUUCCAAAAAGGCCAUAUUCGACAGCAGCCUGACCCCCUUCACUUUCACCAAGUUUAAAACUGCCCUGACAAAGAUCGAACACCGGCAGUACAGUGGUGUGGGUGUGUCUGGAGGGGGUCUGUCUGAACCUUACAGCAGCCUGUCGUUCCACCUCCACUGGGGAAACGGUGCCUCUGUCCCGGGCUCUGAACACACUGUGGAUGGGAGACGCUAUCCUAUGGAGUCAUCUUACAACGGAAACAUCACAGCGGCUUUGGCAGACUCGGAAGGAAUUGCAGAACAUGGAUUCUUCAUUGAGGCAAGUAAUGAUACAACUGGAAAACCUGAAUCUUGGAAAACCCUUACUUCCUACCUCUCAAAGAUUACAGAAAAGGGUCAGUCUGUUGCCAUAUCAGACGAGAUCUCUCUGGAUGAUCUCCUCCCAAACGUAAACCGUAAAAGGUUUUACCGUUACCUGGGCUCUCUCGAAAUACCCAACUGCCAUGAGGCUGUGGUCUGGACUGUGUUCAAAGAGCCAGUCAAAGUCUGCAAGGAUUUGAUUGACCUUUUUUCCAAAACUGUGCGCAUUGGAAACAGCACAUCUGCAUAUAUAACAAAUAACCACAGGAUUACCCAGCCGGAGCUGCCGGUCACUUACAGCUAA